CUCCCGGAAGUUCCGUCCGUUGGAAAUAUAAAUAUUAUCAUGGCGUCCGUGACUUUUCGCGACUGUUUUCUUUGCGUUUCUGCUUUAAUCACCUUCGUGUUCGUGUUCGUGACCGGUGCAGACUUUGUUCGCUUCGUGUCGUUUCGUGCCAUCUAUCAUAACCUGAGCGGAGCCGCGCCUCUGUGUCGAGACUCCGUGUCCUGGUCCGUGGCUCUGCGGGACGGGGCGGUUCUGAAGGCCGUAGCUGUGGAUGGUUUCCUUCUGGUCCUCUUCAGUCUCCAGCACAGCCUGCUGGCCUGGACUCCGGUGAAACAAGUCUGUCAGAACGUGUUUGGGGUUCUAAGCAGAACCGUGUACUGCUUCUCCACCGCCGCAGCACUGCAGAUGUUGAUGCGCUAUUGGCAGCCGGUGACCAGCGCCCCCUGCCUGUGGUCGGUGCGCAGUGCACCCUGGGAUAUCUGGUUCCCGCUCAUCUGUUUUAUCCUACACUUCCUGUGCUGGGCAAUAAUCUGCAGCAUCCUGCUGAUCUUCGACUAUCCCGAACUGCUGGGCAUCAAACAGGUGUAUUAUGAGUGUCUGGGCCUGGGCGACCCCCUGCUGCUGAAGUCGGAGCGCGCUCAGCGGCUCUACUCUCACCUCCGGCAUCCCGUGUGUGUGGAGCUGCUCGCGGUGCUCUGGCUUCUCCCCACGCUCCCGCUGGACCGGCUGCUGCUGGCCGCGUUCCUGUCCGUGUACCUGAUCCUCGCUCACUCGCUGGACGCCCAGGACUGCGCUUACCUCCGCCGGCAGCUCCGCAGCAAGCUGCAGCUCUUCUCCGCUCCGCUGGAGGACGGCGACGGGAGCAACACGCACAAGACGGACUGAACGUACCUAGAGAUUCAGAAGGCGCAAAGCUAUUUUUGGACUUCAUUUUCACUCCAAAAAGUCGCUAAUGCAAAAACAAAGGAUGCGAAUGUAGCGCGCGACUGAAGCUUUAUCCGUGUUUUUAUCGCUUAUGAAAAUUCAGAGAAACGUAGUAUUGUUGCACAACUAUAUUAUUGAUAUUUAACAGUACACAGAUGCGCACAAACUAAAUUAUGUUGUUAACACUCAAAAAUUCGUAUCAAAAAUCACUUUCCGUGCACCUUGAUACCUGGAGGUGGAGGUCAUACUGAUUUGACUUGAAGGCAGCGUUAUGUUUGGAAUGAACUACUAGAAUAUUGCACAAUAUAUACACCAUAAACUGUUCAAUUUUUCAAGUACUUUUGAACAUUAUUUGCAUGCAUCAGUAGACAUUUCAAAUGCAAAAUAUUAUAAUAUGUUUCAAUUUUAAUUUUAAUAGUGAGACAAAGCUUUUUUUUUUUUUAAUCGAAUGAUCUGAACCAAUUGCUUUACAAAAUUAUUAAUUUUUUUUGUCGAAACAACCCACAUAAAUACAAGGAAAGAUAUGGCAAUAUGUGUGUAAAAUACCUUUUAUAAACCAGUUGCAUGUAAACUAUAUAUAUAUAUAUAUAUGCAAUGAUCUGAUAUUUGCAAAGAUUUGUUGGCCACUUAUCUCAGAAAUUCAUAUUUAUUGUGUAUUUUUGAGCAAUAUGACAGUAUGCCACUCAGAAAUAUGCCAGUAUUUCAAUUUUGUUUUGCCUGACUGGGGUGUUUACAUUAACCUUAAACAAAUUAGCGUUUACGACUAGUUUAAACCUUGCAGAGUUUCUCUCUCUCUCUCUCUAUUUUCAGUUGCAGGUCAAAGGUCAUGAGAUUAACUGGCUCUGCUCGGCACUGACGCACACAUCAGGUGGGGAAAAAAAUCAGAGACUGGAUGAAGUUAUUUUGGUCUUUUGUUUCUGUACAAUGUACAAAAUACAACCGCCGUAUUGCUCCCGCUGCAUGUUUUUAUAUUUUGCAAACACUUUAGCAUCGAAACACCGAGAAGUGAGCAGCUGAUGGGAUAAAUACUGCGUUGGGUUUGUUUUUUUGUGUCAUAUUAUUGCAAAACAUGCCUUUUAUUUUAUGCAAAUGUUUAACGCUUGAAGUGUGUUUACAUGUAAAGACCUCAGAGUACGGUACAGAGUUUAUUUUUAUAUGGCAACUUGAAAUAACUUUUGUAGAAAUACGGGACAAAUGCACUGUUAUUAGAGCUCGAAACCAUUGUUAAACUUUGUUCAUUGACUUGAUUAUGUGUCUUUUCUCUGUAUCCCAUUGCUAAAGAAUGCCGAAUAAAUAAAAUGCUACAACAAGUGA